AUGGAGUCCAUCAAGCUGCACAACUCGCUGAAGCCCGGCGCCGCGGUCCCCUUCACGCCCAUUGAGCCCGGCAAGAUCAAGUGGUAUGCUUGCGGCCCGACCGUCUACGACCAGAGCCAUCUGGGCCACGCGCGCAACUAUGUGUCCACCGACAUCAUCCGUCGCAUCCUGCAGCACUACUUUGGCUUCAAGGUCAACUUUGUCAUGAACAUUACCGACAUAGACGACAAGAUCAUUAUCAAGGCCAGGAGACAGCGCCUGCUCGAUCUUGAAAAGAAAAAGGGCCACUCCCAAGAGCAGGUUGCAGAGCUCGCCAACGCCGCCUUCCACGCCUACGCCAAGAGCAACCUCCCCCUGCUGAUCGACCCGGAAGGGCCCCAGCUAGACAUUCAGAACUACAUACCAAGGAGAGAUGCUGCCUAUGGCAAGGUUCUGGCGGGGGGCACCCUGUCAGGCGAGGGAAAGCCAGGCGACGACGAGGCCAAAUUGAAGAUGCAUAUCAGCAACAUGACCCAGGCAGUCAUUGCCAUCAGCAAGAACAGCGUCUUCGGCAUGGCCGACGAGAUUUUGCUCCCUUACCUGGACUCCCUGUACAAGGAGACGAUCGACACGAGCGACCAGACCAUGUUCACCGACUUGACCCAGUACAUGGAGCGUGAAUUCACCGACGACAUGGACAGGCUAAAUGUCAUGAGACCCGACGUUGUAACCCGGGUUACGGAAUACGUUCCCCAGAUCGUCAGCUUCGUGGAGCGCUUGGUGCAGAAGGGCUUCGCAUAUGAUGCCGAAGGCAGCGUCUACUUCGAUAUUGCCGCCUUCGAGAAGGCCGGCAACCCAUAUGCCCGACUAAGGCCUGACAGUCGGAAUGACAAGGUCCUGCAGGAAGACGGUGAAGGAUCACUCUCCAAGAACCUAGGAGGCAAGAAGAGCCCGGGUGACUUCGCCCUGUGGAAGAGCAGCAAAGCGGGCGAGCCUUACUGGCCCUCUCCCUGGGGCAACGGACGUCCAGGCUGGCACAUUGAGUGCUCGGUCAUGGCUUCAGACGUCCUGGGGUCUCAGAUGGAUAUCCACUCUGGCGGCAUUGAUCUUGCCUUCCCUCACCACGACAACGAGCUCGCACAGAGCGAGGCCUACUACUGCCAAGGCGGUCAUGAGCACCACUGGGUGAAUUCCUUCUUGCACAUGGGACACUUGUCCAUCAGCGGUUCCAAGAUGUCCAAGUCCUUGAAGAACUUCCAAACUAUCAAGGAUGCCCUCGCGUCGACCUACACAGCUCGUAACAUGAGAAUCGUCUUCCUGAUGGGCCGUUGGAAUGACGGUGUUGAGAUAUCUCCUGACAUGAGGGCGGCAGCAGACAGCUGGGAAAGUACCGUCAACAACUUUUUCAUAAAUACAAAGUCUCUGAUUUAUGAGGCCAGCGGCUCAGCCUCAGCAAUCGAUGGGCAGCUUAAGGAUCUUACUCUCAGCGACAAGCCGGCUGAGGGCUUGUCUACCGACCUGGAACAGGCCAAGAAGGACACCGAGGCUGCGCUCACCAACUCAUUUGAUACCCCUCAGGUGAUGCGCAUCAUCCUUGAACUCGUUCGCAAGGCGAAUAUCCACAUUGGCGAGCACAAGUCCGACCUAGAUCUGAAGUCGGUCGAAGCUAUCGCCAGAUGGGUCACCAAGAUUGUGGGCAUUCUGGGUCUUGAUGCAAAUGCCCGGCCACCAUAUGACGGCCUGGGCUGGGUUUCCGCUGAAGCUGCAGCAAACCUUGAGCCCUCAAUAGCUGUGGCUCCAUACAAGGCCGUCUAUGAAGCCGUGACAAAAGACGUCAAGGCUCUCGACCUGCCUGGUGCAGAAGCAGUAUCGCAGCUUCUUUCACAAUCUCCCGAUUCGGAGUUCGAUACUCUAGCAAAGUCCGGCAACCGCGAUCCCGAACAACUUGCUCUUCCUUACUUGCGCGGUGUCUCGAAGCUCCGUGACGAGCUCCGUCGUAUUGCACCAACCGCAUCUGCUGAGACCAAGAAGUCCAUCUUAGCACUAAGCGACCGCAUACGGGACUUCGACCUCACCAACCUCGGAGUAUACCUUGACGACAGGCCCGAUAACCAGCCUUCUCUCAUCAAGUUCAUCCCAACAGCCGAGCUUGUUGCAGCACGUGAGGAGAAGGUAGCUCAGGCUGCCGAGAAAGCCAGAGCAAAGGAGGAGGCGCGGUUGGCCCGGGAGCGCGCCGACGCAGAAAAGUGGGAGAAGGCCAAGGUCAAGCCGGAGGAGAUGUACAAGUCCGGCGAGGCAGCAGAUAAGUACAGUGAAUGGGACGCAGAGGGUAUGCCCACCAAGAUGAAGGAUGGCAGCGAAAUCCCGAAGAGCCAAACGAAGAAGUUGAAGAAGGACUGGGAUAGGCAAAAGAAGGCGUAUGGCGAAUGGCUGACCAAGUUCGGGGGUGGCGCGGCUUAG